GCCAAGUCUACGGUUAUCCAUGAUUCAUCAUGCCACGGGUUGAGAAGAAUCGCACAGGGCCAUCGCGCUCGCGCCCGGUGUCUUGCCUGUUCUGUCGAUCACGGAAGCUGAGAUGUAGCCGGCAGUUUCCCUGCGCCAACUGCUCAAGUCGCGGGCUAACAUGCCAAUUGGAGUCCAUGUCCGUGUUGUCGACUAGCAGCGCAGAUGAGGGCUCUGAUCAACCGAGUGGAAACUUCCAACAAAAUGUGCUGGCUCGGUUGCGCAAGUUGGAGGAGAUUGUCAUCACCCAACGGGAGCCUACGCGGUCGCCGUCCGAUCAGAGUGGUUCCCGACCAGGUCCACCUCCUCGGCGCAAACGCGAAAUUUCGACGUCCUUCACCGAGAACAGCUCUACCGUUGAUGUUGAAUGGCUGGAAUCGCAAAUAACGCACCCGGGCUCAACAGUAGGGCUAUGCAUUGCCGAAUAUGAGUUCAAAACGUGCUCCAUAAGGGAAGCAACUCCAGCCACGCCUGUGGUAGAUGGACAUGAGAUGAGUCCGACCAAAAUCAUUUGGCUUCCGCUUCACGAAGAGUCAAAGCAAAUAGUGGAUAAAUAUCUCACGGACAUCACGUUCCUCCAUCAUGUCGUGCAUGGCCCCUCAGUCCGGGCACUUGUGGAUGAACUCUAUGGGAAUCUUUCCACAAAAAGCCCAGUCAAACUGGGCCAAGUAUCUUUGCUCCUAGCAAUUCUGGCCAACACCGUCUUCUUUUGGACUGAGCAAGACAUGCACAGAACGGUAUUCCCCUCGGUCAUGAGUGCCAAUGAUCUAUCGAAGAGAUGGAUGGCGGCUUCCUUUGAAGUUCUAGAAUAUUCUCGUUUUACAUGCUCGGAGUCCCUCGAGGACAUUCAAGCCCUUAUCAUUGUCGCCUUUCUGGUGUGCAAUAUCGUGGGCAUCACCUCUCAAGCUCGGUAUCUCUUCUCGACAGCAGUCUCAAUCGCAUGGCAGCUAUCAUUACAUCGGAUCGAUCACAAGCACAAUGCCGAGCUCAGUGUUCCUCAUCCAAGCUCAGUGAAAGCAGAAAUAGGAAGAAGGGUGUGGUGGUAUCUUGUUGCAACCGACUGGCAGAUGUCUCAGUUCGGUGGCUCGCAGAAAGGCAUUUACAUGAUCAGUCCUCGUCAUAUGGCAACUAAGAAACCAUCCAAUGCAAACGAUGAAGAUCUUUUUGAUGGAAUGGUCAACAUUGACAAGCCACUCGAUCAACCAACGAUCAUGUCUUAUUUCAUCCAGCGAAUUCGUCUUGGAGAGAUUUGUCGAGAAAUCAGUGACCAAUCUUCGUUUUUGGAUACUGACCUCGGUGGUCCAGACUAUGAACAGGUCAAGGAGAUUGAUGGAAGGAUAUGUGAAUUCAGUCAAGCUUUGCCGCCAUUCCUCCAUUUGGAUUAUGACACGGGCGACAUACCAGAGCCCGGCGCCUGCAGACCGCCUGUCACCAUCGUCCAUCGCUACAUCAUUAACUCCAUGCUACAAACACAACGUUGCAGAUUGCAUUUGCCAUACCUCUCUCACGCGCAAGAGGCCAUAUACUCAUAUUCGAGAGAUGCGUGCCUUGACGCGGCGCGAAUGGUUAUCCGCAUGGAAGCACAGCUAUCAUCGGAAGAUAUCCCCUUUUUCAUAACCAGACACAAAUUUUCAGGAAGCCUACUCUGUGUAUGCAUGGCUAUUGUUGCACUGUUGAUGGAUUUCUGUCACAAUAAGAGUCUCCAGCCGAAUGAGGACCGAGAGCGACGGAAUGAAAUCAAGGAUGCGCUAAAAAUCCUCGAAAAGAGCAAAAGCCAGUCAUCAUACGCGGGCAAACUCCUCGACACAUUCAGUUCCAUCCUCCAACGCAACAAGGUUCCUUUACCUUCCGAAAAAAGAUCAUCCCGAUCCAAAAAUGCCAAUUGGCCAAAAUCCCCUGCUUCUGUGGACUCUGCUACAAUUUCGGUGACUCCUGGCACAGCCGAUCUGGAAUCAAUUCUCACUGAUACUGCGCUCCCGUCACUUGAAUAUUGGCAGACAUCUGAUGCUAGCUUUGAUCCAUCUAUUUUUUUUGAUUGGAACUCGCUAUUAUCUGAGCUUGACGCUCCAUUUUUAUCAAUAUAAAGUUCGGCAACCUUCGUUAUGAUUUUACGACUGGAAAGACAUAUCGAAUCGAUAGCCGUUGGUUUACUGGAAGAACAGACUGCCACAGUAAUCGUUGCGAUCGUCAUCCUAUUGUCAGACCAUCGCUAUUGAGGGAUGAUUGCCGGCUUCGCCCAACGGCUCUCGGUGUGAUCAAGUCAAUUGUAAAGUCCAUCAUAUAUUAUGGCAGCUUUAAAAUAAUGCCGUCAAGAUGUCUCAAUCUCCGUCCGGCGGAGCCGAAAAGGGUCGGCUGGAUCUGCACGCUUCUUACGAAUGAGGUUGUACCUGGACCCGGAAAUAAUGCGGAUGAACUGGAUUCAUCAUUUUCCCGCACGGCUUUUUUUUGAAUUUGAGUUGUUUGUUUCGUCACUGUUGAGAUCUCUCGGUACGAUAGCUUGCUGGACUUGAUGGAAGUUCUACCCUAGAAGCUUGGAACGAAGUACUACAACGCAUAACUAAACCGUCAGUCUGACAUAAGAGUACGAGUUUUCACGUGUUCUAGGUUGAGUCUCCUCUCAGACCCCUGCUACCUUAGUUCAACGGCUAUGGCUUCGGACUGGUACACGAUAUGUUUCCCGGGGUGACACCCGAACCAAUUCCGAUAUGCCUGGCUUUUUUAACGGUUAUGAGAAGAUCGGUCGAUUUAUCGUUGGGUAGUUGCGAAGAGUUAUGAUGGUGACCGUCUUUAUCAACCAACCUUUUUGUAGUGAGGGUGUCCACAAUAAUGUUGAUUUAAAUCAUGGUCAAUCCACUAGCCAG